AUGGCAGUGCCCAUUGUUCAACUGAGAUGUGGUGUCAAGAACGAUGCCUGGGGCAAGAAGGGAAAGGAGUCACUCUCCGCGCGCCUUUGGGCGAAGACACCCGGCAAUGGCCCAAUUGACCAAAACCAGACUUAUUCAGAGUUGUGGAUGGGCACGUACCCCAGUAAUCCCUCCUAUGUACUGUCGAGUGGAGAACUCCUCUCGGACUACAUCAAGAACAACCCACAAGUGGUCGGCGACGCUGUGCUGAAACGCUGGGGAGCUGAGAUUCCAUUCUUACCCAAGAUUCUUUCGUUCUCCUCGGCCCUCUCGCUCCAACUCCAUCCAGAUAAGGCACUUGCUGAAAGACUCCAUGACAAGGACCCCAAGAGGUUCGGCGAUAGCAAUCACAAGCCAGAGAUAGCUGUUGCCCUAUCGAAAUUCGAGCUAUUCGUUGGCUGGAAGCCCCUCAAGGACAUCCAGGCACUUUUCGAACUGCCUGCAUUAAAUCGUUAUACACCAAGUGAAAGCCAUUUUAACGACCAAACUCUGAAAUCGAUUUGCAAGGCCUUGUUGGAGGCUUCGCCGGAUAUGGUGAACGAGACUGUCAAGGAGCUCCAAAAGGUCCCGACAGAGCAAUUCGGGCCAUAUCCGUAUAUCCCUUCCAUCCUCGAUCGUCUGAGCGCGCAGCAUUCCGAAUUUGACAAUGGGAACCUUGUGGCAGCCCUACUGAUGAACUACAUGACUAUUGGACCCGGUGAUGCAGUAUGUGUUCCAGCCGACAGUGUUCACGCAUAUCUCUCGGGGGACAUAGUUGAGUGUAUGGCUCGCUCUGACAACGUACUUAAUGUUGGCUUCUGUCCUAGGGCCGAUCGCGAUAGUGUGGACUUGUUCACGCAGGCUUUGACGUUCAAACCACACAGUUCACAGGAGGCUGAGUUGCCGAGGAAAAAGAGCGACAAGGGAUUGAGUGGCAGAACUGUAGAGUACGCUCCACCAAUGAGCGAGUUCAAUGUUCUUGCAACUUCUCUAGCUAUGGAUCAAACCGAGACUCAUAAGGCUAUACUUGGACCCAGCCUUAUGAUUGUCACUGAAGGGUCUGGCAAGAUGGAGGUUCACGGAACCACGACCGCCCUAGAUGAAGGGCAAGUUUUCUUUGUCGGGCAGGGCAUUUCGUUGGAUUUCUCGACGCCGACAAGCAUGACCAUUUACAGAGCUUAUGCGGAGUAG